GGAGAGAACAUCCUGCAAGUGCACAACGAGGAGGGGUAUAACCUGCUCCAGAAGUGUGUGGGCAUCAACAACCUGGACAUGGUGCGGUGGAUCUUGUCACGGAACCUGGACGUCAACAGGGGCGUGUGCUCGCUGCCUCUGCACAUCGCCUGUCUGAAGGGGUACGAAGACUGCGUGGAGAUGCUGCUGAAGCACGGCGCCCGCAUCGACGUGGAGGCGCGCAUGUGCUGGCCGGGCCCGCACAACCAGAACUGCGAGCAGCGCGGCAAGUACAGCAGCCCGUUCGAGUCGGGUAGCGCCGACCAGCGCAGCAGCGACCGCCUCCAAUCGGCCGUCUACUACGCUAUCGACGGCGACCAGGUGGAGAUUCUGGAGCUGCUGACCCAACAGGGGGAAGACCACUGGCUGCCGUGGCAACAGAAGCGGCCGCUGCUGCACAUCGCCUGUGAGCGGGGCGCCUGGAACUGCGUCCAGUACCUGGUCUCCGAGAGGUCGGACGAGAUAAACCAGUGCUACGAUGAAUACUACCCGAUCCACCAGGCAGCGUUGCACCACGUCCAGUUCCUGGAGCGACUCAUAGCGUGCGGUGCCGACACUUUGGUUCGCACGUCCACCCAACAGAUGACGCUACUGCACGUGGUGUUCCUGCUUGGCAAGAAGACCGUCAGCGACACGCUGUGCACGGCCAAGCUGCUGCUGGACCACGGGCUGCGCGAGCUGAUCAAUGAGCCCGACUCGCUGGGCAACACGCCGCUGCACGCGCUGAUCGUCAGGUACGCGCUGGAGGAGGCGCGGUACGGCUACGACCACGAGCCGCCGCCCUGGACCAAGUGGGACACGCUGCACCUGGUGCGCUACCUGCUGCAGAACGGUGCGGCGCCCAGCAUCAACCAGCAGGGCAACAGCGCGCUGGCCUGCGUGCUGCGCCACGUUCGCGACUGGGAGUUCAGGUACGAGCUGCUGGACAUGCUGCUGCAGAACAGCGGCAACCCCAACGUGGUGGGGCGCUACGGCUCGGUGCCGCUGAUGGUGUGUCUGGUGCCGCUGAUCAACAAGGACCCGCUACAACCACUUACCACAACCAUGAAGAUCUUCUACCUGAACUGCGUGCGCAUCCUGUGCAAGCACGGCGCCGAAGUCAACUGCUCGUCGCGCAGCAACCUGACGCCGCUGCACGUGCUUAUGUUCACCGCCUCGGAGAACAUCGCCCUGAGCCGUGAGGCCGAGAAGGCGCAGGCGUUCGACUUCAUCCGCCAGCUGCUGGUCAUCCUGUUGCAGCACGGGCUGGACCCGAACGUGCGCUUCAGCCAGCGCUCGCACCACAUCCUGCUGUCGGUGAUCGACAUGGUGUCGUCGGCACGCAGCGCGGCCGACCUGGGCCAUGUGCGCGACCUGACGCUGACGCUGCUCCAGCACGGCGCCGACCCCAACGUCAGCAUCAGCACCAGCAACGAGCCCAAGAUCUGCCACUCGCAGUCGUCGGUGUUCCUGAAGAAGUCGUCACACCAGGUGCUCUACUUCUACAUCCAGCGGCUGAUCCGGCGAGAGGAGUUGCUGCUCGAUCCGGAGCGCCGCUUCGAGCGGAUCAUCCGGCUCUACUACCUAUGCAUGGACCACAGUGUGUUGUACUCGUGUCUGCGGCUGCUGCACACGCAGGCCACGCUGGCGCCCAUUAAGUGGCAGCUGGCCAGCGCUCUGCGCGCGCUGCAGACCAACCCGCGGACUCUGAAGCAGAUCGCCGCGACUGUCCACUAG